AUGGGUGACAUUACCGACAGAAUACUUGUGGCGAAGCGCGAGGCCGAGCAGCUCAAGGAGCGCAUUCGGCUGACAAAGGAGAAGCUCGCUGACACCUCACUGCGAAAUGCGGCAGCCUCGGUCGACCCUCUGCCCCGAAUUGCAAUGAAGGUGCGGCGGACGCUGAAGGGGCACCUGGCCAAGAUCUAUGCGAUGCACUGGGCAGCGGACGAGCGGCACCUCGUGUCGGCGUCGCAGGACGGCAAGCUGAUCGUGUGGGACGCGUUUAGCACAAACAAGAUCCAUGCGAUCCCGCUGCGGUCCUCGUGGGUGAUGACGUGCGCGUACGCACCCUCGGGUAACUUUGUAGCGUGCGGCGGCCUGGACAACCUGUGCUCGAUCUACAACCUGAAGACACGCGAGGGGUCGGUCAAGGUUGCGCGCGAGCUGUCAGCCCACACCGGCUACCUGUCGUGCUGCCGGUUCAUUUCUGACCGGCAGAUCCUGACAUCAUCGGGCGACAUGUCGUGCAUGCUGUGGGACAUCGACGCCGGCGUCAAGAUCAUGGAGUUCAACGACCACACCGGCGACGUCAUGUCGCUGUCGCUGGCUCCCAGCAAGAACAUCUUUGUCUCGGGUGCCUGCGAUGCCACCGCCAAGGUGUGGGAUAUCAGGUCGGGUCGCUGUGUGCAGACCUUCACGGGCCACGAGAGCGACAUCAAUGCCGUGCAGCUGUUUGAUCUGCGCGCGGACCGUGAACUCAACCAGUACACGCACGACAACAUUCUGUGCGGCAUCACAUCCGUGGCCUUCUCGGCAUCCGGCCGCCUGCUGUUUGCUGGCUAUGACGACUUCAACUGCAAUGUGUGGGAUGUGCUCAAGGGCGACAAGGUGACGACGCUGUCGGGCCACGAUAACCGUGUCAGCUGCCUCGGCGUCUCGAGUGACGGCAUGGCCCUGGCGACUGGUUCGUGGGACAGCCUGCUGAAGGUGUGGGCUUGA